AUCCAUCCCUCCAUCCUUUAUCCCUCCCUCCAUCCUUUAUCCCUCCCACUAUCCCUCCCUCCAUCCAUCCAUCCCUCCAUCCUUUAUCCCUCCCUCUAUCCCUCCCUCCAUCCAUCCAUCCCUCCAUCCUUUAUCCCUCCCUCCAUCCAUACAUCCAUCCAUCCCUCCAUCCUUUAUCCCUCCCUCCAUCCUUUAUCCCUCCCACUAUCCCUCCCUCCAUCCAUCCAUCCCUCCAUCCUCUAUCCCUCCCUCCAUCCUUUAUCCCUCCCUCCAUCCAUCCUUUAUCCCUCCCUCCAUCCUUUAUCCCUCCCACUAUCCCUCCCUCCAUCCAUCCAUCCCUCCAUCCUUUAUCCCUCCCUCCAUCCAUCCAUCCAUCCAUCCCUCCAUCCUUUAUCCCUCCCUCCAUCCUUUAUCCAUCCUUUAUCCCUCCCACUAUCCCUCCCUCCAUCCAUCCAUCCCUCCAUCCUCUAUCCCUCCCUCCAUCCAUCCAUCCCUCCAUCCUUUAUCCCUCCCUCCAUCCAUCCAUCCAUCCAUCCCUCCAUCCUUUAUCCCUCCCUCCAUCCUUUAUCCCUCCAUCCUUUAAAACAUUGCAUCUCACAAGGACUGGAAUGGUCUGACUGCAUUGACAGCGUUACGUUAGUUCCAGGGUACAACGUAUAG